ACAGCUGUUUUAGGUGAAAGCUCUUGCUCUUCCUUUCAAUAUUUUAGCACAGUGUUGGCAUUUUAUUGUUACUUCUAUAAUUUUUGCACAAAAAGGAAUUUGAAAAAUAUUUUAAUUGUGUGUAUAAAUUGAAAUGAUACACAGCCUAUUUAUAGUAAACAACAGCGGCGAUGUUUUUCUUGAAAAACAUUGGCGUUCAGUGGUUUCCCGUUCAGUGUGCGAUUACUUCCUCGAUGCUCAGCGCAAUGCCCCAUUGGAUGUUCCUCCCGUUAUUGCAACACCUCACUACUACCUCAUCACAGUGCAACGUAAUGGCAUAUCGCUUGUGGCCGCCUGCAAGCAAGAAGUGCCACCAUUAUUCGUUAUCGAAUUCCUACACCGAGUAAUGGACACAUUUCAGGAUUACUUUGGUGAUUGUUCGGAGUCAAUUAUUAAGGAAAAUUAUGUAGUCGUUUAUGAAUUGCUCGAUGAAAUGUUGGACAAUGGUUUCCCACUUUCAACGGAGAGCAAUAUACUUAAAGAGCUAAUUAAGCCGCCAAAUAUUUUGCGUACCAUCGCAAAUACCGUUACAGGGAAAAGCAACGUUAGCACAACGCUACCCUCUGGCCAGUUAUCGGCCAUACCAUGGCGUCGUAGUGGUGUGCGUUACAAUAAUAAUGAAGCUUACUUCGAUGUUAUUGAAGAGGUCGACGCCAUUAUUGAUAAGUCUGGGUCCACAGUGUUUGCCGAAAUACAGGGUUAUAUUGACUGCUGCUGCAAGCUUUCGGGCAUGCCUGAUCUCACACUCUCCUUUAUGAAUCCUCGCCUCUUCGACGACGUCUCAUUCCAUCCAUGCGUACGCUUCAAGCGUUGGGAGUCCGAACGUUUGCUCUCCUUCAUUCCGCCAGAUGGUAAUUUCCGUCUAAUGUCUUACCACAUUAGUUCACAAUCAGUAGUGGCAAUACCGGUCUAUAUAAGACAUAAUUUCUCCAUAAAAACUGGUGAACAGGGACGUUUGGAUUUGACUGUCGGUCCACGUACUACACUCGGUCGUACGGUGGACAAAGUGAAAUUAGAGAUUACAAUGCCGAAGUGUGUUCUAAAUUGCAUUUUAACACCAAAUCAAGGCAAAUAUACAUUUGACUCAGUUACUAAGACAUUAUCGUGGGAGGUGGGCCGCAUUGAUGUAUCCAAAUUGCCAAAUAUUAGGGGCACUGUAUCAAUUACACCCGGCAGCACAAAUAUCGAUGCGAAUCCCUCUAUUAAUGUGCAAUUUUCAAUCUCACAACUAGCUGUUUCGGGACUGAAGGUCAAUCGUCUUGAUAUGUAUGGCGAAAAAUAUAAGCCCUUCAAAGGUGUCAAAUAUAUUACUAGGGCGGGCAAAUUUCAAGUGCGCAUGUAAGGCACUUAAACAUUUGCGCUUGCUAGCAAGAUAUACAUUUAAUUAGUACAUUUCUGUUUAUUAUACAGAUUUGAUUCCAAGUCUUGUAAAGGCUCUUUUUCGGAGUUGCAUGUAAACAUGAAUACAAAGAAUUUAAAAAAUAAAUAUUUAUAAUUAUUAUUAUGUAA